GCUUCGCAAAAAUCAAUUCAACUCAAUUCUUUUCUUCUGUUCAGUACUAACAGACAAAGAAAAAAGAGACCAACUCACCCUUUCCUUCUAUAUCUCACUUUUUCCUCUUCUUCAAAAUAUCUGGCCAUUUGGAAGGAUUUUGCUUCAUUUCCCUCUUUUUCCUGAUUGGCUUCCUUGAAUUCUGGGUAGUGCUUCUUUGUCGAAAUCUGUGCAUAUCUCUGAUUAGGCCUUGAUGGGUUUUGCUUAUUUUUGAACUUGGUAUAUGGAAUUUAGCCCAAUUUCAUCUCAAAGGUCCCAAAUAUAGAGGCCUUUGGCUUUUGGGUCGAGUUCUUCUGUGUGUUUCAACUCAAGUUGGCAUCUUUGCUCCAAGGGUUUCUGGUUAAUGUUUUGAGUCCUGUGGCUUGGGUUGAAGUUUGUACCAAAACUUUGCAGGUGUUUGGCUCUGGGUCUUGAUAAUCAACCUCUGUUUGAGCUCAAUCUUGGAUCCUCAGCUGCAGUUUUUGGUGUUCAAGGACUUCACCCUCUUGAUUAUGAUCCUGGGCUCUAAUUAGACCUUCUAUGUGUUGGUAUUGGGUUUUUUUUACUUCUCUUUGUUUCAGCUCAAAUUUAGACUUUGGGUCUAGGUUUUGGCUUUAAUUGUUGAGCUUGGGGUCCAAAGUACAUCACAAUUUGUAGUUUUGUAUUGGGUUCUAGGUUUUACUAAAAGCUUCUGAAUACUAAUUCACUUGGGUUAUUAUCACUUAUCAUAGGAAUUCACCAGCUAAUAUGUUGUCAAACACCCAUGUUGUCGCCCAUCUUCCAAAACCAAAACCUGAUUCCAUGGUUCAGAAAGGCGAACUAGUGAGGGAUUUUGGGGCUUUUAGGAAGAAAACUAUGUUGGGAAACAAUGAAUCGUUUAUUGGGUCUCUUGAGGUCUAUAUACAUCAAGCAAGGGACAUCCACAACAUAUGCAUAUACCAUAAACAAGAUGUAUAUGCCAAGUUUUGCUUGACCAGUGAUCCUGAUGCAAAAGUUUCAACUCAGAUCAUCAAUGGAGGAGGGAAAAACCCUGUCUUCAAUGAGAGAAUUCAGAUAAAUGUGCAGAAAAUUGAUUCAUCUCUGAGAUGUGAGAUAUGGAUGUUGAGUAGGAUUAGGAAUUAUCUUGAAGAUCAGUUGCUGGGCUUUGCAUUGGUGCCUAUUUCAGAUGUUCUCAUUGGGAAUGGAAAAUUAGCCCAUGAAUUUCCUCUAUCCUCAACUGAGUUGUUCCAUACUCCAGCUGGGUUUGUUCAGUUGUCUCUCACCUACACUGGAGCUUCACCUGAAGUCUUGGAAGUUCAUGUGCUGCGCUCCUCCUUGGCUGCCAAUUCAGCUGGGCAAGACUCAGAGGUACCUGAUUUAGUUCCAUGUGAAUUUGAGAAGAUUGAGUUCCCAGAUCCUAAGAUUGUGAAUGAAAAUCAAAUGAUGGUUUCAAAGUAUUUUGAGAUACAAUGUGCUGAAGGAGACUUGCAAAGCUCUGAGAGUGGUUCAGAUACCGGUGUUCUCUCAACAGAUUAUGAUGAUGCCUUUGAAGUUCUGAAGAGCGAAACUACCCCAUGGAGUGUUUCAACCGAUGGGUCUCCCUCUACUUCAAUUCCUGCAAGUUCUCAAUCUUUUUCUGACACUAUAGAAGCAGCAAAGUCUCAGAAUCUUGAUGCUGUUUCAUCGAGAAAGGAAAGGAUUGAAGAUGUUGGAGAGGCUGAGAGUGGCUUCUCAGCAGACCCCAGAAAGGCAACUGCACACCCUGUUGUCAGUGUAAACAUUGAGGCAGAAGAAAAGGUGGUUCAGCAAGAGAUCGUGGAUAUGUACCUGAAGAGCAUGCAGCAAUUCACUGAGUCCUUGGCAAAGAUGAAGCUUCCUAUGGACAUCAAAAAUGAGUCCCACAAUUCAGAAAACUCGAGCAUGGAUGAAAAUUUGCCUGCACUGAAGGACAACAGUCCAAGAGUGUUUUAUGGGAGUAGAGCUUUCUUCUGAACUGGUGGUUGGGCAGCACAGAGGUGACUCAAGGCUGUAGAAUCUCAGGUCUCAACUCUUGGAGUGGAUAGUGUUGAGGUGUUCCCUUUUGUAUGUUGGGGUUCUCUAAAUAAUGGGUAAAACACACAACUCUCUUAGUAUAUAUGCAAAUAAAUCUAUUGCCCCUCUGCCUUGUCUACUGCAUUUAUGUAAAUGAUCAUCCUUUAGCUGGAAAUAACAUCGAAAUCCUGGUUAAGCAAAACU